CCGCCACUGUGCCAAAGCCGCCGCCACCCUAUUCGUCGCUCGCCUAUUCAUCGGGCCGCCGCUGUGCCAAGCUGCCGCCACUACUACUCGCCGCUGACGUAUUCAUCGGGCCGCCGCUGUGCCACAGCCGCCGCCACCCUAUUCGUCGCUCGCCUAUUCAUCGGGCCGCCGCUGUGCCAAGCUGCCGCCACUACUACUCGCCGCUGACGUAUUCAUCGGGCCGCCGCUGUGCCAAAGCCGCCGCCACCCUAUUCGUCGCUCGCCUAUUCAUCGGGCCGCCGCUGUGCCAAGCUGCCGCCACUCUAUUCGUCGCUCGCCUAUUCAUCGGGCCGCCGCUGUGCCAAGCUGCCACCACUGCUACCCGUUUAUUAACAUUUCGACUGAACUUUGUGAUUUAGUGUUCUUCGUAAAAAGUUCUGAACGUGAUUUUAUUGUGUUUAGUGUAGUGUUUAGUGUUAUUUAAGGAAAUAAAUUUAUAACGUUUUAAGAAAAUAUUUUUGCUUCGCUCUCUCUCUCUUUAUGUCCUAACAAAUAAAUUUUUGUGACGACUCUGGCCCCCGCUGAACCUACCCCAGCUUCAAAGUGAAAACACGUCGUCACAAUGGCGCCCGAGCAGGGACUAUAAAAGAGAGAAAGAAUAAAUAAAUGAGUGAACAAUAAUUAGACAAGCACAGAUGAAAACCCAGUGAAAAAAAAAACAGUUAAAAAAAAAAAAAAACUGAAACAAGUAAAAAUAAUAAAAAAAAAAAAAAAAAAAAAAAUGUCAAACGAAAAGACAAUGUUGAAGGUCUCCUGGGCCUAUAUGCUAAAGCACGAAGACUUGGUAACAUAUCUUACUGAAUUCAAUCUUGAUCCAGUUGGAAAAGUGGACGAUCUCCGAAAAAGAUGGGCUAAAUUUCUCCACAACGACCAUGAAGCCGAUGUAUACAGACGGCUUAUAGAGUUGCAGAACAAACAUGAAAGUACCAGUCCGACCAAAUCGCCGACAUUGCGAGCCGUCACAAAACAACCCCUUAUAACCGUAACACCGUGUGGAGCAGAAGCAAUAGUAUUAUCCCCAAUAAAAACAGAGUACGCCCUUCCCCACAUUUCCGCGGAAAGGCCACCUGGAGAGUCAAGCACAGGGGUAACAAACGAUCAAAAAGUACAGAAGAUGUCGCCAACAAACCCCGAAUAUGGAUUUCAAAAAGAUUCUCCGCCCAAGCCAUCCAAUAAUUCGUCGUUACUCGUAAUUCUCGACCAAAUCCGAAAAUGGAAUGUUACUUUUGAAAAUGGAAUGGACCCUAUUGGAUUCGUAGAACGUGUAGAAGAAAUGGCUGAAAUGUACAUCGUGGAAUUGAAUCAAAUAAGUAAAGUAAUGCCAGAGUUGUUACGAGGUAAAGCUUUAAUCUGGCUAAGGAACAACAACCGACACUGGACUACCUGGAACGAAUUUAAGAGUGAUUUUCUGAAAUUCUUUUUGCCACCGAGAUACUUUGAGAAAUUGGAGGAUGAAAUUAGGAGAAGGAUACAGCGUAAUAAGGAGCCGUUUAAGGAAUAUGUACUCUCUAUACAGCAUCUUAUGCAACACACCAAUAUGACCGAAGAACAAAAAUUGGAACGAAUUUUUAGAAACGCGCAUUCGGAUUAUCAAUGGUACAUUCGCCGUAAAGACUUUACCACACUUUCGGAAUUGAUCUCCUUGGCAGACGAACUCGAAAGCAUACCAAAUAAUUCUCGGUCAGAACAGCCUCGAAAUCAACAAAACUAUAAUCGACGUGCGGACAACUCUAGAAAUAACCUGUAUUGCACCAAUCAAGGUGACCAAGUGCUAAACGAAAGCUCAUCCAAUCCAGAAACGCAGCAGGAUGAACCCCCGGCAAAGAAGAGUAACCAGAAUAUUACCUCAUUGCAAUGUGAAGAAUAUCGCCUUACUGCAACUGUCUUAAUAGAGGGGAAAGCUAUUAAAGCAACUGUCGACACGGGUGCCACUAGCUGUUUUAUAAAAAGAGAAUUUGCGAAAAAAAUCAAGAAAAGGUUUACUUAUUCACGGCAUGAGGCAAAUGUUAUCCUCGCAGACGGCACCCCGGUGAACAUCACAAGAUCAACAGUGUUACCUGUUACAUUUGGGAACCAAAGCUCAGAUGUUACAUUUCUCAUCAUGCCGCAAUUCAAGGAAAACAUCAUAUUGGGAUUGGAAUUUCUAAAACAGUUCCACACGACCAUUCACUGCGCCGGUAUAAGUGUCAAAUUAAGUAAGCCAACCACAUCAACGGAGCAUUGUACCGUGGCUAUAGGAGAGGAAACCCCAUCAAAAGAGACAUUAAAUUGACAAUACCCAAACUAAUCAGUGUCCUAAUAUAAGCCCAUACUUCAAAGACCAUCGAUAUCUUCCCGAUCGUCAUCCUCAUCCUCAUCAGCCUCGUCGUCUUUAUCGUCAUCCUCAUCCUCAUCAGCCUCGUCGUCUUCAUCAUCAUCCACAAGCCAAACGAUGACACCUCAUCAGCCAACAUUGUGUAGCAGUCAACCUUCCAUCGAUGAAGUGUUUAUACCCAGUAAGGAGAAUAAUAGUACACCAAGUACAAUCAAAUUGCCAGUCACUGAAAUCCCAACUGAGUCAACGCCAUCGUCCUCGACAGACAAUCCCGUGAACGAUAACACAUUUCUCGAACUGCCAAAUUAUCCCGAAAACCUACAAAUCCGUAUCGAGAAGUUUAAAAACAAUUGGAAAAAGGGACACAAACUGAAGCGAAUUGUUAAACAAGAUGGCAAGCAGUACCGCAUAAUAAUAUCAGCAGACGGGGUAGUGAAGGUAUCUCUCCGAACUUCUGCAAUUGGUCUCUAACAUACCUUCCUAUUCGACCGAGAUAUAGUCGAACCAAAGUGCCCAUGUCGGAGAAAUAAAAGGUUACAUAACACCCUAGGGCUUCCUGGCUAUUGAAACCCAAUAGCAAUAGAGAAAGCAAAUCAAGGAAUCAAAAAUCAGAGGGAGGAAGAGAUGCCAUGUAACGCCCAAAAGUCAUGCUUUCGUUUUUGGGGUACAUUAUUAUUGUCCCCUAGUAGAAAGAAGUAUACUUAAAAUACAACAUUGGAACCCCUGGUGGCAAAUGGCGGAACUACGCAAAACUGUCAGAUUGGGAUCAGCUGCUGUCAUGAGAAAACAACAAUCGUUGUCCAGCCAAAAAGGUAUAAAAGGAGACGCAUUUCACCCAAUCGAGAUCAGUCUUCUGUUGAUGGCUGGUAAGUCAAGUGUGAUUGGGAGGAAGAAAAGGCGCGCAACCUCGGUUGAAUUGAGUCUUAGUAAGCCAAACAAUAAGCCUUGACUAUUUGUGGUGACUGGACUGGACUGAACGCAGGGUCAAGUGAGGGUUGUAGCAAUACUCCCUAUUCUUCGGGCUGCGUUGACGGCGACUGAACGCAGGGUCAAGUGAGGGUUGUAGCAAUACUCCCUAUUCUUCGGGCUGCGUUGACGGCGACUGAACGCAGGGUCAAGUGAGGGUUGUAGCAAUACUCCCUAUUCUUCGGGCUGCGUUGACGGCGACUGAACGCAGGGUCAAGUGAGGGUUGUAGCAAUACUCCCUAUUCUUCGGGCUGCGUUGACGGCGACUGAACGCAGGGUCAAGUGAGGGUUGUAGCAAUACUCCCUAUUCUUCGGGCUGCGUUGACGGCGACUGAACGCAGGGUCAAGUGAGGGUUGUAGCAAUACUCCCUAUUCUUCGGGCUGCGUUGACGGCGACUGAACGCAGGGUCAAGUGAGGGUUGUAGCAAUACUCCCUAUUCUUCGGGCUGCGUUGACGGCGACUGAACGCAGGGUCAAGUGAGGGUUGUAGCAAUACUCCCUAUUCUUCGGGCUGCGUUGACGGCGACUGACGUACUCAUCGGGCUGCUGCUGUGCCAAAGCUGCCGCCACCCGAUUCGUCGUGCGCGUAUUCAUCGGGCCGCCGCUGUGCCAAGCUGCCGCCACUACUACUCGCCGCUGACGUAUUCAUCGGGCCGCCGCUGUGCCAAAGCCGCCGCCACCCUAUUCGCCGCUCGCCUAUUCAUCGGGCCGCCGCUGUGCCAAAGCCGCCGCCACCCUAUUCGUCGCUCGCCUAUUCAUCGGGCCGCCGCUGUGCCAAGCUGCCGCCACUACUACUCGCCGCUGACGUAUUCAUCGGGCCGCCGCUGUGCCAAAGCCGCCGCCACCCUAUUCGCCGCUCGCCUAUUCAUCGGGCCGCCGCUGUGCCAAAGCCGCCGCCACCCUAUUCGUCGCUCGCCUAUUCAUCGGGCCGCCGCUGUGCCAAGCUGCCGCCACUA